GUUUGAAUCAAGAAACUCGCAGUUCAGCGACAUACAACAUCCGCACGCUCUUUCUCUUCUUCAUCAAAACUUCAUCAAGAAAUCCAAAGAAAAUAGGAGGGUUUGGAUAUUCAUCCAUAUUAGAUAUAGUUACAGAAAAGAAAGAGUGUUGAAGGAAAAUGGAUGACUAUCUGAAGAUAGAGAAAAUUGGUGAAGGUACGUAUGGUGUGGUAUAUAAGGGCAGAAAUAAAACCACUGGACAGGUGGUGGCUAUGAAGAAGAUCCGCCUUGAGAGUGAGGAGGAAGGGGUGCCCAGCACUGCCGUCAGAGAAAUCUCCCUCCUCAAGGAGCUUCAGCACCCAAACGUUGUACGCCUGUUGGAUGUGCUGAUGCAGGAGUCAAAGUUAUACUUGGUGUUUGAGUUUCUGUCCAUGGAUCUGAAGAAGUACUUGGACUCCAUCCCAUCUGGCCAGUUCAUGGAGCCAAUGCUGGUCAAGAGUUACCUGUAUCAGAUCCUCGAGGGGAUUCUGUUCUGCCAUUGUCGCAGAGUUCUGCAUCGUGACCUAAAGCCCCAGAACCUGCUGAUUGAUAAUAAAGGUGUGAUUAAGCUUGCAGACUUCGGGCUCGCACGUGCCUUUGGAGUCCCAGUCAGAGUUUACACACAUGAGGUGGUCACUCUGUGGUACAGAGCUCCUGAAGUCUUGCUGGGGGCCUCACGUUAUUCCACACCCGUAGACGUCUGGAGUAUUGGUACCAUCUUUGCCGAACUUGCCACCAAGAAACCACUCUUCCAUGGAGACUCAGAAAUAGACCAGCUUUUCAGGAUAUUUAGGACUCUGGGAACCCCUAACAAUGAGGUCUGGCCAGAAGUUGAGUCACUACCAGAUUAUAAGAAUACCUUCCCAAAGUGGAAAUCUGGGAAUCUGGCCAACACAGUGAAAAACCUUGACAAGAAUGGAAUCGACCUGCUCACGAAAAUGCUGAUUUAUGACCCUCCUAAGAGGAUUUCGGCACGGCAAGCGAUGACACACCCGUAUUUUGACGAUUUGGAUAAGAGCAGUCUUCCAGCCAGUAACCUCAAGAUAUAGACACCUCAGAUCUUAUACCCCUUUCUAUGCACACGUACACAUCCAUACUAAAGCAAUGUGAGCUUAGGGGUCAUAAUGAAUCUGACUCUAGACCUCUGGGAGUCCAGAAUGCCUGGAGAUGUAGAUUUACUACUCCAACCUGCAGUAAUGCAAUCUUCUGACAUGCAAUAAUUAACCUUAAAUUUGUUUGUUUGUUUAUUGGGUGGUUUUUCUACUUUUGUUUGUCAGUUUUUGUAUGUCUUUUUCCAAUCCUGUUUUAUGUUACAUAAAACCCCCGUUUGUAAAUAAAACUAAUAUUUUUUUUUUUUUUUUUUGUGGACCUGAAACAUAUUACAAAAAAAAUAAACUAAGGUGUUCUCAAUAAAGAGCACUUAUAGGA